GAAACACCUUAAAAACGGCACCCUUCGUACCAAGCCACCGUUCAGCUCAGAGCUCCAUUGACGCUUCUCGAAUCAUAUUGACUCGCUUCCAGUCCGGUGGUUCGUCAUGGGAGACAACAACUGCUCAUAUAGAGACCGGCUGGAAUCUCCGUUUAUAGUUGGUCGGACGAUGGGCGAGCAUCGCCCGCUAUGUCUCAGGAAGACCGCUAGGCAUACUGUUUCUGUGACUAACAGCAGCGUAACCAAGCCCAGCAACUCACUCAGGCCGUCGCUGGACAAACCUGGCGGAUUCUGCAAGAUUUAUCACGGGCAUAAGAUGGACCAGCGCCUACAGGCGUACGUUGACACCAAUAUUAAAAUUCCAGGAGCAGGCACAGUAUUUCGUACCACGGAGGUCCCACCUAACGGCGACACCUUACUACCGCCGACUCGUCAGAUAACGGAGGCCAUUUGCGGGAUGCACCAUGAAGAGCAGAGAUUUCGACUCGGAAGUUCUAGGCCUUUCCCUCUUGUGACGGAUCAGUCAGUGCAAGACGUACUGUUGAAUCAGGUCGUACCUUUACUUAACCUGGUCAUUCAGACUCGAUAUAAGAACACGAUCACCAACGCUAACCUGCCACCCCGGGCCCGUCCGUUGGAGGUCGCAAAUAACGUAUCGAACAGCCAAACACGGCAUUACUUUGAAAGCGUUGACUCAAAUGAAGAACAGCCGUUGGAAGAGGCCCAGGAUCAGUUCUUCUUCCCAUGCUGGGCUCGCCCCGCUCCCGCAUUCCUGGACGCGAAGUUCAAGCCCUCGGGUCUAGCUGACUUCGCACUGAUAAACUCGCCUGCAAGCCGCGACGUUGACAAAAAUGUUAUACGCGCUCAUUGUGAAGCUUACCUUCCCUGGGUUUAUCAGACUGAGGAAAUCCGUGAGAUUUACAACGGACCCUGGUGGCUAGUAAACGAGGAUGCUCCCUAUGAUUUUCAAAUCAACGAAUCAUACGAAAUCAGUCAUGUGAAUGUGAUGUUGAAGAUGGCGUUCGGUCAAAUCAACAGCCUCGGGUCCAAAAUUGGCUUUUUCACCAAUACUUCUGUUCUCGUGUUUUACUUCUACUUCGAUGGCGUCAGGGACAUCGAUCGGGGACCCGGCAAUGAAAAUAAUGCGCCACCCAUUAACAUCCCUAAUCGCAAUUCCGGACUGGUUCUUUCGAAACCCAUCGCAUUUGAUGAUCCAUGCCUUCUGGUAUGUCUUCAGGGCAUGACAUUUCUAGCUCUCGACGUGGAAAAGUGGGCAGCCAGGGGUAGUGAUAAGAGGAUGGUUGAUAUACUAGCCCCAGGCGACGAGCUCGAGCAGAUCAUCCCGCUUGCCGCCCGUAACUAGCGUCGAGCUCCUCCCGGACCUCCACCAGUGGCAGCUGUGCCAGCCAAUGAUCACCGCCGUUGAUGGGGUUAAACUUCAUUUUAGAUCACAUAUACUGUAUACUUGGAACAAUGCUCGCCCGUAUGAUGAUCCGAUGUCUUGCUCACAUGUACAAGUAGAACGAUCUGUACUAGCCUUCCUGCAAGUGAGAAUGCUGCAAAAUUACGCCUCUAAGAAGAUCGUAAAGAGAGUCAGAGAGCUCAGCCCUGCGGCCAGGCUCGCAGAUAUCGGUUCAGGAAACUGUAAUUUUGUAAGCUACGGACAAU